CCGGCUUUGCAUUAUUUCUCUGGCAAGCCGUGCGAGGAACACGCGACCGAUGUACAAGCGGUUCACUUAUUUAUCGUGGCCCCGAGCAAACUGAUCGUGAAACAUGCUGUGAAUUUUUCACGGGAAAGAUCGUUCUUUGGCCUCUCCUCUCCGCUCCUCUGCCCCUCCUCCUCACCCCGGCUUCUGCCUGGUAGGAUCCCUUUAGAAAUUCCUACAAAGGGCGUAACACCGGCAGCCUCGAUUCUCGUUUAAAAAAUUGAAAGACUAUUUCUCGUCUGUGGCUCGAGUGUAUCUCGAAAUAUACGUCGGUGGGCCAACGGUGGCUCGGUGUGUACAAGAUGUUGUCUCUGCCGUUGGUGCUUUUACUCUUUCGUCAAUUCUCGCCCGCCAUUGGAUUCAACAUCCUCGGAAUUUGUCCCAGCGCGAGCUACAGCCACCAACAACCCUUUCAAGCAUUGAUGAAAGCUUUGGCGGCUCGUGGACACAACGUCACCAUGAUAUCGACCAUUCCGUCAAAGAAGCCGAUCAAGAACUACGAGGACGUCGAUCUGUCGUUUUCCUACCGAAAGGCAGACUGCACUAACCUGAGGCACAUGGGAGCGUUCACCAUUCUGCGGAAGAACAUGCGAGAGGCGAACGAGCUGUGCGAGGAGCAAUUGUUCAGCCCGGCCAUCGAGAACCUAAUUUCAAGGAACAAGAGUUUCGACGCGGUGAUUAUAGAACAGUUAUGGUACCAGUGCUAUUACGCCCUCGUCAAGCAUUACAAUUCGCCGGUUCUAAUUGGAUUCCUGAGCGUUGGGAACUUGCCGUACGUCAUGGACUCCGUCGGGAACCCGGACGACCCGCUUUUGAACCCGGAUAUGGCCUAUCCUUUCACGAACAAAAUGAGCCUGGACGAGCGUAUCUGGAACAUCCUUUACACGACGUGGACCAGGAUAUACUACAAGUACUGGCAUUUACCUAGGGCUCAAGAGAUCGUUAACAAGUGGAUGCCUGACGUCUCGAUCGAGGACAUGGACAGAAACUUUAGCCUGGUGAUACUGGGAAACAAUCACGUAUUCGGAUAUCCGAAACCGCUGCUGCCAAACGUAAUCGAGGUUCACAGUCUCCAGAUCACGGAGAAAAGGGAAACCUUGCCCAAGGACAUUGAAGAAUUCCUAGACAAGGCGGAGCACGGGGCGAUCUAUUUCUCCUUAGGCUCGAAUCUGCAAACUCAUCAGUUGCCAGUCGGCCCUUUGACCGCAUUGUUCAACGCGCUUGGCUCGCUCCGGCAAAGAGUUCUAUGGAAACACACCGGAGACAUGGCCAUUCAUCCAGCCAACAUCAAAUUUGUGAAGUGGGCACCCCAGAAAGCGAUUCUCGCACAUCCGAAAGUAAUGGUCUACGUGAUGCAAGGUGGAUUGCAGUCGUUGCAAGAGGCGGUGCACUAUUCUGUGCCGGUAGUGGCCAUUCCCUUUUUCGGAGAUCAACUUUUCAACGCGCGUAAAAUUCUGGAUGCUGGUAUCGGACUCACACUGAACAUCGAUACCGUCACCGAAGAAUCCAUCGUGCGAACUAUCACCCAAGUCAUAGAAAAUAAAACAUACUAUAACAAUAUGAAGGAAAUGUCGGAAAUUAUAAAGGACGAACUGGUAAAACCAAUGGAUCGUGCUAUAUGGAAUGUGGAGCACGUGAUCAAAUUUUCUAAAUCGAAACAUUUACGUUACUACGGCCACGAUAUAUCGUUGAUAAAUUACUACGGAACGAUAGCGAUCUUUGUCCUACCGUUCAUUUUGAUAAUAUACUGCGUUUAUUUCCUAUUGAAUUAUUUGAGAAGUAGAAAGGGAUACAAUUGCAUGAAAGAUAGAAUUAAAUGCUAUGUAAAAUCAAAAUUUGAAUAGUUACGAUAUUUUUGAUAGAAGAAGAUAAUUGUAAAUUCUCUACUACAAUAUUAAAUUUGAUUUAAUUAUGAUUAGCUACGGCUAAAUUUUGAAGUUAGUUAUUAAUUAGUUUAUAAUUGUUGCAUAUUGUUGUCUGUUGGUAAGAGAGUUAAAGAAAUUUUUGCGAUACCGAUCGAUCACGAAAAUAAAAUUAUCAUCAUAUGAAAAGUUUGAUCUGUUGUAUCGACUGUUGAAUAGAUGGAACCAUCUGUUAGUCAAUGAUGGAACCAGUUGCUGGGAAUCUAACGUCACAGCACGACAAGCUAAAGACUUGAAAAUUUGAAUAUUUCCUAACCGUUACGUCCCCUCUUGAAAUUAAUGUAUAUACAAUAUAUAUCCGUAAUGAUUCAAUACUAAUUAAAUAUAUAUCAAUCAUUGAACAAAAUAAGUAAACGAAUAUAUAAAUACUUCUACUUCCAUUAAAAUAUAUCAAACAUUACCGUAUUUCCAUGAAAAUAUGUUAGACAUCGUUAAUCAUCGUGGCGUUCUCCUAAUAUUUCAAGCAUUCUUCCGCAAUCAAUUUGUAAUCUACACAAAAGAAAAACAAAGCUUUCAAAUAAAUGUAUAAAAGAAACAAAUUAUAUAAAAAUAAUCGAGGCAAAAUGUCGGUUUGAAAGCUCAUAGUAUCGUUCAAAAAGAUUAAAGAAAGAAAGAUAAUUUAUAUAUAUAUAUAUAUACAAAUUAUAACAUUCAAAAAAUUAUUAAGUAAAAACGUACGUUAAGUUAAACAUAGGUAAAAUGAUGAACACGAUGAAACGAUGAUAUUACACCUUUAAAAAAUGUUACGCGGAAA